AUGGAUAUAUUUAAGCAACUUCAAAUAAAUAUUCCAUUUGCCGAAGCAUUAGAACACAUGCCAAAAUAUGCAAAAUUCUUGAAGGACAUCCUCACCAAAAAGAAGCGAUAUCUGGAUAACGAAACCAUCAUGCUUGAUGCUCAAUGUAGUGCUAUCAUUCAAAGAACCCUUCCAAGAAAAGAAACCGUUCCGGGACGAGUCAUCCUACCAGUCACCAUUGGAGGUACUUAUAUUGGCAAUGGUCUAAUUGAUUUGGGUUCUAGCAUUAAUAUCAUUCAUUUGUCUAUCAUAAAGAGGUUGAGGAAUAUUGAGAUGAAGUCUACCCGAAUGACACUACAACUAGCCAAUAAGUCUACAACCUCACCCCAUGGAGUUGCUCAAAACAUAUUGGUAAAAGUUGACAAAUUCUUAUUCCCAGUAGAUUUUGUGGUGGUGGAUAUGGAAGAAGAUAGAGAUGUUCCGUUGAAUCUUGGAAGUCCAUUUAUGAAAACAGCCCAGAUGAUGAUAGAUAUUGAUGAUGGACUCAUGAAAGUGAGAGUGCAAGAUGAGGAGGUCACUUUUAAUCUCUUCGAAGCGAUGAAGCACCCCAAAGAAAAGCACGAUGUUUUCCGUAUGGAUGUCAGUAAAGAGGAAGUCGUGGGAGUUGCCAAUCAUGUUCAUAUCUCUAGUCCAUUAGAGAAAUGUCUCAUAGGUGAUUACAACAAUUCUUUCAAAGAUGAAGAAGAAGAAAUCGAGGCUAUUUUGGAAAUAUUGGAGUCUUAUGGAGAAAUUGAUCAAAAGGAGGAGAAGAUAGAGGAAUUAUAUGCGGAAAAGAAAGUGGAAGAAACCAAAGUUGAAUUAAAGUUUCUGCCCACUCAUUUGAAGUAUGUAUUCCUUGGCAAAAAUUCACCAAACCGGUGA